GCAGAGUUUGAUGCUCGAGUGGCACGUCGGACGCGACCUGCCCCGCCAGUGACCGCCACAGACCAAUCGGCCAGCUGAUUCGAGUUCGCGGGGAUGCGCGAGCCCCGGGGCUGAACGGUUCAAGAGACCCCGCUAGUCAUGUGAUCGAUCUGCUGGUCCAGAGAUCAAGGGAAGAUGGCCAGCAGACGCAGUUUGUCGCCCCCGGCCCGCAGGAGCCUGGCGCCCUUUCUCAAGCGAAGUCCCUCGAUGGACCCGCAGUGGGGCGCCGUCCUCACCUCCCCCAGGGCCAAACCGAUCUUGCCCUACUGCACAAGUCCAAGCCAGCUUGAGAGCAUAAUCUUUGAUGCAGAGGAAACAUCAGACAGUCCAUUUUCGGAACUACUGCAAAACCAGCCCGCGGCUGCAACCUCCAUGAGUGGAAGGACCGUCAAGCAGUAUGAGGAGGAGCUGCGAAUCCUCAAAAAGGAGAAUUUUAACCUCAAGUUGCGCAUCUACUUCCUGGAAGAGCGGAUGCAGAAACUGGGCAAACCCUUGAGUGAUGGAGAUGGGGCAGAGAAAAAGCUCAUUGAGCUUAAGGUUCAAAUGGAAACUUUGCGGCGGGAGAUGCAGUCAAAGCAGGUUUUGCUUGCCCAAGCUGGCAAAGCCAUUGAAAUGAUGGAAGAGCAGCACAACUCUGAAAUGGAGAAGCUGCGCAAAGAGUUGGAAAGCCGUCCUGUGUCCAACGGCCACCCAAAGCCGAUGGAAAACUCAAUGGCUCUGUAUGCAGACGCCUUCGACCUGCCCAGCUCAUUCCUUAUGCCUCCACCACCUCCUCCUGGAAGAGGUUCAAAAGUGGAGAAACAGGAUCCUGAAGUAGUAGAAUCACUGCAACUCCAAAUCAACGACCUCGAACAAAAGUUGCAGAAUGUAUCUGAAGAACUUGUUUCAAGUCAGGAACGAGAACGGCGACUGAACGAAGCGCUGGAAUCGAAAGCUCCCGAAAUUCAAAUCAAGGUCCAAGAGCUUUGCUUCAAGGACAAGCUUCUGGAGGAUCAGAGGAGAAUCAUUGUGGAAAUCCAAAUCAGGCUGGACGAGAAACUGAAGGAACUCGAAAGCCUGAGGCAAUCCUUGGACAGUCAGCAAACAGUUAUUUCCCAAAUGGAAGCUGACCACCAGAUGUUGAGUAAAAAACUUGUCGAAUCUGAAGAAAAGCAAAAGAAAUCGAUGAAGGUCGUGCAGACGUUGGUCACCAAAAACAAAGAGUUACAUAACCAAAUCACAACCAUCCAGGAGAAGUAUAAGAAUUUGAGUCCAGACCAAAUUGGUCAGAUGCAUCAAGAAGAGAACGAGCAUCUGUGGACCGAACUCGAAUGCCAGCGGAAGCAAGUGGAAAAACUGACCAAAGAAAACUCCGAACUGCUGAGAGAGAAAGCUGCCACUGAAGCAGAGUUGCAUGCGGAAAUAUCUGAUUUGCAGUUGCAGCUUGAGAGGGCCCAGAGGAAGACUUCAGUCAUUCCUUCCGAGGUUGGAGGCACAGCUAUAAUGAUGAUGAGUCGCUUGGAUGAACUUGCUGCAUUUUUGGCCACCCUUCUUCGACGACCCCACUUGCUCAGCGCUUUUUCUGCUGCAAACAGGGCCAGCCUUCUCCAACUUGUGGAAAACAGUUUGGGAAAUGCUCGGCAGAAAUGCACAACUCUCUCUAUGUCCUGGAUGACCGAACACACCUUAGACCAUGACAUGACCAACCUCAGCAGUGCUGGACACGAAGAAUCUCUGAUCAACCAGAUCCAAGCCUUCCUGAAGGGUCCGGAGCAGCAAGAAUUCCUCCAGGAGGUUGAAGCUCGCAAGGACAGGACUGCUGACCUGUGGCCAGUCAGCAUAUCAAGUGAUCUGGAUUCCGGAAAAGAAAUCGAACUUGCAAGGUGGAGUUUGGAGAAAAGCAAAGUGCAGCCUCCACCAAGGCCCCCUCGAAAGCACGAAAUCGAAGAACAAGACGAGGAGGAUGAGGAAAUUGGCAGCGGAGCAACUGCCGUGGAGAGAAAGGCUCGUGGAAACCACUCUGAAUCAGAGGCUUGGUCUGAGCCUGACCGAACUGUGUCCCUCGCCAGGAUAGGACUGCCCGAGAACAAGACUCCAGUCAACCAGGGAGUCUCCUCACCAGCCUCCUCAGAACAGGACCACUCUCCUAAAACACCUGGCAAAAAAGCAUCUUACAAGAAGCUGGUCCACCGACUUCAUGCCACUGAACAAAUCAACGAAGCUUUGUUAGCCGAAGUUAGUGGAUACAAGACUCUUUUAAAAACUCACAACAGUGAUGUUAUUGCCUGUUCACCAUCAUAUCCUCUUCAACAGUCCAUGGGUCUAUCUGUGACUACUGAAAUGAUCCAGGAAUUAGAAUUCCAACGCUCAAGACUGGAGAAGAUGCUGCAUCAAAACGAAGCUAUGAGACAGCAGCUGGAAGUUACAGCUUGUGUUGCCAAGGCAAAGGAGGGGAUCUCAGUGUAUAUUCGAAGACUGACUGAAGCGCAGGAGAAGCUCGAGAAAGCUAACAUCAAAAUCUCGGAACUCGAGAAUUUGCUUGGUGACGCCACAACACGCAUCAGGCAUUUGGAAAGCCAACUCUCGGAGCGCGACCAACUGCACUCUCAGCUCCAGAAAGUGCAACACGAAACUCAAGAGGCCUUGGCCAGUAUGGAAAAAGCCAAGGCCACCAUGCAGGAGGAAAUCCUGCAAACCCGCAAAAUGUGCCAGCAGCUUGAGACCAAAGCUCUCGAGGCCACCAGCAAGUGCCAACACAUGGAGGAAGCGUCAAAGAAGGACAUCGAGCGUUGUGAGAUUUUGGCACACCAAGUGGAGGAGGCCCAGCAGCACUGCCAACUGCUUACCCACCAGAUCCACCAACUGGAGGCCUCAAAGUCCACAGCCAACCACUCGACGGCUCCGUCCAGUCUCGUCCACCUUUCGGACAGCGACGAAAUCUUCAACGGGACCGGUUCGGUUCCAUCCAGCACAGAGGCCACUCAAAGACACACCCUUUCAAGUCCGGAUUUAGGCAUCGACAGUGACACUGGCCGCUGCAUAAAUGAAAUCAAGGAGGACGAGAAGAGCCGACUGAACCACGAAAACAGACACCUCAAGCAGAGACUGGCUCUGAGCCAACGAAUCAUUGAAAAUUGUCUGGAGACGCUCAACAAGAAAAACCGGGACCGACUGAAGGUCCAGGCCUCAAUGGAGGAGCAGCUGCUGCGUACCGAGGAGGUGCUCCAGAAGGCCUCCCACAAUCUCAAAAUGUUGCCAAGUGUGCCCAAAACGCCGUGAAGUACAACACGUCUGAUAUGAGUUGUCCUCUGUUGUCUACUUAAUUAAUUUGUUUUAAGACGUUGUUUUGCACUUGGUUUUUUUACAAUCUUUCCUCACAUUAUGUUGACAAUUUCUUGACUUUAGUUAUAUGAAACCUUUUGUUUUGAUACAUUCGUACCAAUGACAAUUGGUGGCAUUGUUUUUUGGAACAUUUAAAUGUACUUACCCGGUUCUUAUUCCCCUGGGUAAUGAAAAUUUUGGAUUUCAAUGUUGUUUGUUUAGCAAGAGUAUUAAUUAAUUUCCAAGUAAUUAUAUGCAGAUGAGAUGUUGUGUCCUAAGAAAAAAAAAUUAAAUUGCAAGUGUGCCUGAAAGAGAUCAGGGGGUAUUUUACGACGCUUGCCUUUUUAUAUGAAAGAAAGACAACUCUGGUAUUUUUAUGGAAGUUGAACUCCCUUUGCCAUGUAUUUCUAUCAAUGUGAUACGUAAUGACUACUGAUUAGUACGAAUUGUAUAAUAUGAUGAUGUAAAGUAAUGACUUUGACGACUUCUUAACAAUAAAAGAGUUAUUUGUAGGUAUAAAAUGA